GAGUAGAGCAAGACACAGUACUCAAAUCUCUACUUCAUUUUCUUGCCUUUCAAAAUGCAUAUUAGCAUUUUAUCCAUGCUUCCUUCAGAGAUGAAUGAUUUAUGAAGGCUUCACCAGGGCAGUGAUAACUGAAGAUCUACAGCUCUCCAAAAUGAGAAGGAAAAGAAGAAGAGGCUAUAAAAAAAAGAAAGCAUUGAAUACCACAGUAUGUACAUCUCAGCCUUCUGGUCAAGCAUGCCAAAAAAAUACAGAAGAACUUGAAAAGGAAGUCGAAGGAGAUACCUCAAAAGCUGCAUUUCAUCAGACUGGUGUAUUAAGGAAAUCUAAGGAAAACAGAGACGAGCAUACAUCUGCUUCUGUGAACCGAAAGCAAAAUCCCUCUUUUCUCCCUGAAGAAAAGAAACAACCUCCAUCUGACAGCAAAAUAGGUAGGGGGGAAGAAAAUGAUGAUCCUUCUUUGGCCAUCUCUCACCAGCUAAAGAAAGCAUUACCGGUGGUGGUCAUGUUUAAAGAUGGUGAAGAAUCAUUAUCAGGAAAAAUUACACUACAGGAUUUCCCAAGCACAGUAAAAAACUGUGAAGCAGAAAACGGAAAAUUUAUUACAGAAGUGAAAUGUGGGGCUUUCAAUGUGCAAGUAGAAAUCAAGAAAAGCAUUUUCUGUAAAACAGGAGCACAGUUCCCAACAAAAAAGGUAUGUCCAACAUGUCACCAGCCGUUCUCUGCCAGAUUUAUUAGGAGAUGUUACACAUUUAGGAGAUGCUUUCCUAAACACAAUAAUACACUGGCAGAAAAAAUAAAACCUGAGGUGUCAUCUAAACAGGGGAAACUUGCCAGAACUGAGAGCCCCUCACUGAAAGUAGGCAUUGUAGGAAAAGAAAUUAAGGUUAAAUACAUAAGUAAGAAACAGAAUGUAAUAAUUAACAUAACUCAUCCUAAAAGAAGGGGAAAAAUAACCAAAUACAGAACCAUUCCCUCCAAUCUCACCACUAAAGAAAGUUUCAGGUCUCCUUUGCAAUCUGAUAUUAAGUACCCUGAAAAGCAGCAGCUUGAAAAAAAGCACCAGAGUGCAGGGGCCUCUCCGCCUGUUGAGUGCACCAUUCAGAAGGAGAAUUCUGACACAGUUCUGGUUUCUUUAACCUCAACUCCCAAAAGAGAAAAAAAUAAGUCUGAUACACUAUCUUCAGUCUCAGAUGAUUCUGAGGUAGAAUCUGCCAUCUUUCAGCAGAAGGCUUUUAAAAUUUGUCAGAACAACCCCAAGAAGAAACAUUUCUCUGGAGCUGAUGCUCUUCAGAAAAACAUUCUUCCUACUUCACAUGAUACUCUAAAGACCACACGUUUAAAUAAUACACACUUAAGUAAAACACCUUUUGAGGAUCCUAAGGAUGUGGAUAAAGAGAGAAAAAACAACUCUGCUGUCCCAGAAAAUAUCACACCAGAGUCACAUACUCAGCAAAGCACAGAUGGAACAAAUCAUUUGCUAAGUACCGUUACCAACAUCAUUCCCAUUCAAGAUGUCUCAGACUCUGACUUUUGUUCUCUGUCUUCUCUAAGCAUUCAGCUUUUGGGAGAAAAGGCCACUAGUAUCUAUUGCAAAGGCAACAAAACUUCAUCCACAGAAAGCUGUGAGAACUCAAAUUCUAAAUCUUUCUCCUCCAGUCAAAAUGCUCUGAAGUCUUCUACCUCAUUCAGUCCUUCUCACUUGGCCACCAGACAUUUAGAACCCAAAGAUACCCUUGGGCAUACAUUUUCCUUUAACCAUUGUGCUGAAUUUGUGAUAGACCAUGAGAAAGAGCAUGGUGAUAUGACUGAAACAGACAUUAAAAAAGCCAUUAUACAUGGUGACUCUUGUGCAAACACACAGCAACUGCUGGAAACAAAGAGUACACAGAGUCCAACCCUCAUCCCUGCAUCCUGCAGCAGCCUAGCUGUUGAGGAUUCACUUCACAAUAUUAGCCACACCACUGUUGGAUGGGAUCAAACAGAAGCCCAGAAAAAUCAUCCAGAGACAGUAGCUCCUAGCAGAACAAAAGUGUCAGUCAUGAGCUUCAUAACUGAUAAGUUCGAGCAAAGAUUAAUUACUCAAAAUGAUAAAGAACACACAGUUGAUUCUAAUUGUCCCUUGGGAAUGAGAACCCCCAAAGAGUCACCCAGCUUUUUGGAGAAUAUUGAAAAAGAAAAAUGCCAACUAAUACCAGUGAUAAUGAAUGCAUGCCACCGAGGUUUUGAAGACCUACCCAGUGAGAAUCAUGAUGAAAACUGUUUUAAAAUGGACUUUCCACCAAACACUGCUGAGUCCAGCUACAAAGUGUGUGUGACGGAUAAGCUGUUUCUUAUACAGAAAACAUUAAACAGUGAUGCAGACCAAAGUGGUAAUCAAGACAAAGAGAGCCUUGAAUUAACCAGUUUUCAACAGGAGCCAGGGGAGUGCCAAAGAAUUGCAUUAACAAGGCAAGAUUCUGAAGGAGAUGAGGACAAAAAUGACUCAAAGGAAAACUACUAUCAUCAAAUAGAUAUAUUGCUGUCUCCUCAGAAGCAAAAGGCGUUGAAAGAUCAGAAUUUGGAAAUCAGUAGCCUGGGAAAGUUUUCCCAGGAGUCGGCUUUAAGAGGUGGAAGAGCCAGUGAUGGUUCCCAGGAAGAAGCAAUAGACCAGUGGGCCAGAAGGAGGCAGCAAUUCAGAGAAGGCAGAAGAUGUAAUUCAACAGGAGGGAGCUCAUUCACCAGCAACAUCACUGAAGGAUCCAUCACCUCAGAAGACGGUCGUUCUUUGGAUUUUGGCUUUCGAGUGGAUACUGAAGAAAAAGGUUUCUACACAGAGAAUUUUCACUCAGCAGCGUGGGUUUUCCGAGGCGACGAUGGGAAUCCUGAAGACAGUCCUAGAUGUCUUAGUAAAAAACCACGACCAGUAGCUGUUCGUGAGCGAACGGUGAGACUAUUCAAGGGAACUGGAGAUUAUCCUUGGGGAUUCCGAAUUCAGUUCUCCAAACCAAUCAUGGUAACUGAAGUGGAUACCAACAGUGCUGCUGAGGAAGCUGGGCUCCUAAUCGGAGAUGUGGUGCUGUCUGUCAAUGGUACUGAGGUCACCAGUGUCGAGCAUGCAGAAGCUGUGCACCUUGCAAGGAAAGGUCCAGACAUCUUGACUUUGGUGGUGGGAUCUGACAUCAGCCACUGUCCCAAUACCCCCCGGCCCACCUGCCGUGGCUAUCUACAUAAGAGGACUCACUCUGGCUUCAUGAAGGGUUGGAGGAAGAGGUGGUUUGUGCUGAAACAUGAUGGCUGUCUCCACUAUUACAAACAUAAAAAGGAUGAAGGAAAGUGGCCACCUCUAGAGGUAAUAAAGUUAGAAGGUGCAGAAGUUGGUAUAGAUAGCAGCUUGGGAAAAUCAUUUGUGUUUAACUGUGUCCCUCCACCUGGAAAUAGAAGUCUUUGCCUCUGUGCAACUUCAAACCAAGAAAUGAAAAGGUGGCUUGAGGCAAUGGAAAAAGCAGCCCAUCCUAUUCACCAGAACCAUGUCUGGGAAGACGUUACUCUGCACAACAGCAGUCUUCCACCUUUGGCCAUUAAAAACCCAGAGUGUCUGGGCCUCCUGCACCAGCUGGAUAGAAGCACAGACUUGUGGGUCCAGCACUAUUGCAUUCUGAAGGAUGGCUGCUUGUAUUUCUAUGACAGCAUUCGUUCCACCCGGGCCUCAGGUGGCCUAUAUCUUCAAGGAUAUAGGGUGAGUGAACAGACCCAUAGCUUCAAACAAUCAGUAAUUGAACUCAAACCUCCAUCAGAAGAGUUCAAGACUUUCUAUCUCUGUGCAGAAAAUAAAACAGAAAACCAGCGCUGGAUUACAGCUCUGCAAAUGUCUAUCAAAAAAUGGAUUCCUUUGCACCAGGCUAUUCAAGACUUCAUGAAUCGACCCUUAGAGGAGACUAGAAUGUGAAAGGAAACCUAGUUCUUAAGAGAAAGAUCCACAGGGUCAUCACCAACUUUCUGUAGGAAGAAACAAAAUGUUAAUUGCUAUUCAGCUUUUCAAAUGAAUGUUUCUCCAGUAUACUGAAAAUUUAUGAUGAGAUUACAAAUUUGCCUUUGAACCAAAGCACCAAUACCUACUCUGAAGUUCAGGGACACCACUUCUAUUACAUAUUUCCCCUUCAUGUGGUCUAUGUCAGCAUCAAAAUAUAACAGAAUCUCCUAUCCUCAUCUCUUGAAAGAAUAAAUACAGAAAACUUUUAUUUUUUGAUUUUAUUUUAUGUUCUGUUCUUUGACUCUAAGUUUCCUAGGGUGAUUUCAGCCAGGGAGAAGGAAGCCGAUAUUUGGGAAAAUCAGAAUCAUGGAAGUGAAAUGGCUCAAAUGAAGGUAAAUAUUUCAGCUAAACAAGGUCUCUCUUGGGCCAUUUUACAAUUAACAGACCCAAGUGCCUCCUAAGGCUUCCCAGAUGAAAAAGAUAGUAAAAAUUAUACGUAGAAAAAUCAAUAAGGAAUUAGACUGAGUUUCAGGGAGAAGAUUGAAAGACACUGCGUGUUUCUCCCUGAACUUCUGUCACAAUGCAAACGAAAAAUAUAUUAAGAAUGCUCUGCUCUUGAUGCUGAAAGUAAGAGGAAGUCAAAAGAAAUUCUAAGCAUUGGCUUCAUUUUUCAGUGGAACAAUCCUUUUGCUGUAUCCAAGAUGCUGUGAUGUAUUUGAAGCCCCGUGACCUUGCUAAUGGAACAAGGAUCACAGAUUUUCAAGGAGUUCAGCUGUGAGGUUCAAGUGCUUUGACUCAAGUCACCAAAGGGGGGGG